GAUUGCCUUAACCAAUAGCUAAAUAGUAUUUACUGAAUCAAUUGCGAAUCACUAUUCCUUGCAAUAGUCUCAUUUUUGUUUCCUUAAUUUAUAAUAGUGAAAGAAAUGUAUUAAUUUAGUUCAACUAAUAUCAAUUGGUUGUUUAAAAAGUAAAAUUACAAUCAAAUAUGUUUAGGGUUAGUCUACGGGCCUUUCUUUGUUCUGAACUUCCCUUUCACUUACGUGUAUCUUACUCGACGAUUGGAAUUAUUUGUUGGCCUUCAUAGCCCACAUGAAUCACACAUGAUGCUUUUUUUAGGAUAUUUAAGAAAGAAAAAAAAAAAAAAAAACUUAAAUAGGUCGAAACCUGUAACAAAUCUUGACUCACCACCGCCGCUUGUACUCACAAAUGAUGGAUGCUCCUCUGAACCAGUCAUGGAUAUUAUCGGCCAUGGCAUGGCUAGCAGGUGCAGGUCUUCUUUUCCUCGCAAAACUUUUCAUCUCCCAUCAUCACUCAUCACUAAAACUUCCACCCGGUCCAAAACCUUGGCCAAUAAUUGGCAAUCUCAACCUAAUCGGUCCUCUUCCUCACCGAUCUCUUCACAAAUUAGCACAGCAAUAUGGUCAUAUUAUGCAACUCAGGUUUGGUUCCUUCCCAGUUGUAGUUGCCUCCUCUGCAGAAAUGGCAAAGCAAAUCUUAAAGACAAAUGAUGAAAUCUUUGCUUCUAGACCCAAGUUUGCUGCUGGUAAAUACACUGCAUAUAACUACUCUAACGUCUUAUGGGCGCCUUAUGGAGAAUACUGGCGACAAGGUCGUAAACUAUACCUAAAUGAGCUAUUCAACUCGAAAAGACUCCAGUCCUAUGAGUAUAUUCGUGUGGAAGAAAUGCAUAAUUUUCUCUCAGGCGUUCAUUCUCUUUCUUGCUCUGGCAAAGCUGUUCUGCUUAAAGACCAUCUUUCUCACUAUACUCUUUCUAUUCUCAGUAGAAUCGUAUUAGGGAAAAAGUACUCCAGUGCUGAGUCAGAGUCUCAGACUAAUAUAGUAACACCUGAAGAAUUUCAAGAAAUGCUAGACGAGUUGUUCUCGCUUAAUGGGGUGUUUCAUAUUGGUGAUUGGAUACCAUGGCUAGAUUUCCUGGAUUUGCAGGGGUACGUCAAGCGAAUGAAGGCUUUGAAGAUCAAAUUCGAUCGGUUUCAUGAUCACGUGAUUAGUGAACACAGAAUAAAGAGAAAAGGAGCACUGCUGGAAGAUUCUGCGCCAAAAAACAUAGUGGAUCACAUGUUGCAGCUUGCUGAUAAUCCCGAUCUUGACAUUAAGCUAAAUACUGACAGUGUCAAGGGAUUUUCUCAGGAAAUUAUUGGUGGAGGAAAAGACACAGCUGCUGCUGCUGUGGAGUGGGCAAUGUCUGAAUUGAUGAAACACCCCAAUUUGGUGAAAAAGGCAACAGAUGAGCUGGACAGAGUUGUAGGAAAGCAGAGAUGGGUGGAAGAGAAAGACAUCCCAAACCUUCCGUACAUAGAUGCAAUAAUGAAAGAAACAAUGAGAAAGCAUCCAGUGGGUACUAUGCUAGCACCCCGUUUGGCAACUAAAGACUGCAAGGUAGGUGGGUAUGACAUACUCAAAGGAAGUAGAGUGGUCAUUAACACGUGGAGUAUGGGGAGAGAUCCCUCAAUUUGGGAUGAGCCAGAAGAGUUCAGACCAGAAAGAUUUUUGGAUAAGACAAUCGACGUGAAGGGACAAAGUUUCGAGCUAUUGCCAUUUGGUUCUGGUAGAAGAAUGUGUCCUGGUUAUAGCCUCGGUCUUAAAAUGAUUAGAUCAUGCUUGGCUAAUUUGUUGCAUGGGUUUAAUUGGAAAUUGCCUGAUAAUAUGAAACCUGAAGAUUUAAGCAUGGACGAAGUUUAUGGGUUAGCAACCCUAAGAAAAUCCCCCCUUGUUGCAGUCGCAGAGCCUCGACUCCCACUUCAUCUCUAUUAGUAUUUCCUCUACGAUUUUAUUAAUAAAGGAGAGAAAAACAAAAACCCAAAAGCAUGAAUUAAUUUGCGUCUGAAAUUUAA